GCUCCUGUCAGCGGUGACCUGGACAGCGCUGUAUUUAAAGGUCUUUCUCCCGGCCUCUUGGAGCUGACAUGAACAUCUUCACUAAAGUAUACGGACUAGCCCAACAAACCAGCAAGCUGGGGUCUGUGCUCCAACGUGCCUUCUACGGGUCCAGUGGGAGGGUGACCCUUUUCGAACAGCGUAAUUUUGCCGGCAGACGUCUGGACCUGAGUGCCGACUGCCAGAAACUAAGCGACAAGAACUUCCCAGAGAGAUGCAACUCUGUGCAGGUGGAGAAUGGAGCAUGGGUGGGCUACGAGCAGGAGAACUUCAGGGGACGUCAGUACCUGUGGGACAUGGCAGAGAAGGGAGAGUACAACUGCUACGAUAAGUGGUGUGCCCAGGUGGACCAUGUCUCCUCGGUGCGCUCAGUCAAACAGGACUCGUCUCCUGCCCGAGCCCAUCUGUUUGAGAGGGCUGGGUUCUCUGGUAAGAGGACAGAACUACAGGAUGACAUCCCCAACAUGAUGACUCGCUACAGUCUCAACAGGGCUGCCUCUAUCCGUGUCCUAGGAGGAGCCUGGGUGGUGUACCAGGAGCCUAACUACAGAGGUCCCCACUAUGUCUUGGAGAAGCGUGACUACAACAACGCCUCUGACUGGGGCUCCCAGAGCAGCACAGUGGGCUCCAUGCGACGAGUUCGCUUCAGUAACUAACCAGCCGACUCCUGAGUGGCGCAGCGGUCUAAGGCACUGCAUCUCAGUGCUUGAGCCGUCACUACAGAACUGGUUCGAUUCCAGGCUGUAUCACAACCGGACGUGAUUGGGAGACCCAUAGGGCGGAGCACAAUUGGCCCAGCGUCGUCCGGGUUAGGGCUUGUCCGGGGUAGGCCGUCAUUGUAAAUAAGCAUUUGUUCUUAACUGACUUGCCAAGUUAAAUAAAGAUUAAAAAAAUUAUAAGAAAACCCCCUGUAAGCCCCCUAACCUCAUAACCCCCCCUGCCCUAAUCCCCCUAACCAACAGGAGGACUCCACACCAGCACCUCUUCCACCUGACACACACACACACACACACUCUGUCAGCUUAAUACACACACAUUAUGCAAAACUACCAGAACACUAUUUUAAUAAUAAACAGUAAAAAGACAGUUGCUCGUGUUGCGU